AAUCUCAUGGAAUGUUUUUUCUCAUAUUUCUUUUGUGAUUUUGAAUCUAGCUUUUAUUUUCAUGUCACUGAAAUAUUAAUGUACUAGCCUCUGAGAGUUUGAAAGGGAUAGAUUUGUAUGUGGUUUCAUAGAAAACCCCAAACAGGUUCACACUGUGCGAGCUGAUGUCUAGAGUGAGGUCCCGCUCCAGGUCUGCCGCCAGCUCUCCCCGCUGGGCCAGGGAUAGCAGAGAUGACAGCAGGGGUGGGAGCCUGUGGAAGGACACAUCUGAGAGGUCAUUUGAGGAGCUGUUGGAAUUGCAGAGCCAUGUGGGGACUAAGACACACAAACAAUUCGUAGCUGGAAGCAGCACUAAGAAGCAAGACUUUAGACCACCUGUCCAAAAUGCAUGUGUUACAGAUAAGCACAGGCCUCUGGAAAUGUCAGCGAAGGUUUGAGUGCCAUUUUUGUGUUAAGUUGUCCCCAUCAGUAAGGAGGUAGCCUGGGACCUCCACUUUUACUAUUUGUCAGGGGAAUAUAAUCCUGAAGUGUUUGACAAAACAUAUCAAUUCCUAAAUGACAUCCGAGCCAAAGAGAAGCUUGUGAAAAAGCAAUUGAAGAAGCACCGUGCAGGGGAGAAGCAUGAGAAGCUGCAGCAGCUGCUUCAGCGAAUGGAGCAGCAAGAAAUGGCACAGCAGGAAUGAAAGUGGCAGCAGGAGCCGUGCCUGGCUCUGAAGCAGGAGCGCCGGGCUCAGGCCCAGCAGGGCCAUCGCCCAUACUUCCUGAAGGAAUCUGAAUAGUGCCAGUUGGUCCUAGCUGAGAAGUUCAAGGCGUCAAAACGCAGGCCAAGAAAGGCAACCUCUUCCUUUGAAUAA